AUGGGCACGUUGGCGCGCCCACCACGCGGGCAUCCCUUUUCGUCCGUAGGCAGCAUUGACGGAGGAAUAAUUUCAGACUUGGAACGUACAACCACAUCUAAAGGUGACAAUGGGGCGGUUCGUGUAAAACGCCCCGUCCAUGUGAAACAAUCCAUCUCUUUCCCGCAGAGUCUCGUUAGUGCAACACUAAUAUCCCUGGUUAUCGUGUACUUCCUCUUGCGUUGUUUUCGCUGGACAGAAGCAAGAUAUCGGGUGGCUCCGUUGACUAGGGAGCUUGCAGCUGGUGGUCGCGGCAAAACAUGUUACGGAUAUGCGGAAGAUGGGGAAAGCGAGAAUGAUUGGCUGCGGGACGAUAGUUUGACUGUUGGGCUUGAAGGAACUGCCGGCGAGCAGCCGGCAGAACAUGGCUCCACUCAAAGGUCGGCGUGGCAGACGCGAGAUACACGACAAUGGCCAACAACGCCAACGCCGAUAGCUCUUGGGCGGCAGGCAGCAAUUUACGGGCUUGCUUCUGGAUUAGAACCAGGUGCUGCAGCUCCAGCACUGGAAUUCCGUUCAUUCUUUUCGCAAGAUGCUGACAGAGUAGGAUUCCCUCAGCUUCAGGGGGUGCCUGGCUCUGAGCCGGGAAAACUAGUGGGAGUGCAUGUUGAAGGAACCAUUGACGGACGGGGUCACGACGGUAGACUUAAAAAGGAUUUCGGUGUAAAGCUGCCUGAAAAAGAGACUUACGACAUGUGGGAACAAAGAAACCUACCCGCCUAUGCUGAGGAGCAGGUUGUCCGCUUGUUCCAGCGCAUGAUCGAAUCAACUUCGUUGUGCCGACCCUUGUUGAAAACAACAACUCAACGUCAACGCCUACACCUAGUACGUGAAUUGGUGAGGUUGCUUACACUGGAACUGGGAGCGUUUUCGCUUCUACCGGAGAAGCUCCAGCAUUGGCGGGAGGACUUGGCUAAGGCCCUUCUGCAGCUCAGUCAAGAAGCUCUGCAGCGCAGCGGCGGGGCUAGGGACGCUGACGAAGAUCGCCGUAAUCUUGAAGAACUGAUUGCUAUUAUAAAGCAACUCUCACGACCUCGCCCACAUACGGAAAAUAUCAUGGCUAGGAGCUACAGGCCAAAAAUGCUGUGUCUCCUGCGGACUGGCUCUGAAAUAUUCGAUUUAUGCAACAGUGCGCUGGAGGAAUUAUCUACCUUCCAGGGCAAACCACCGCCGGAAUUGGUUUCAAAGCAUACGCGUCUCAUAUGGAAAUUGUUUGAUGUGCAUGCCUCCUAUGUUUCUCGCGACCUUACGCUAAGGUGGUACAUCCUAGACUGCCAGAAGAGCACUCAAACCAGGCCUGUCUUGUGUGGGCGUCAUAUGAAUAAAAUUGAUGAUGGAGCGCUUCCUUCAAUAGAGAGUGUAGUGGAUGAGAUACACAGAGCUGCUCGCAGUGCUCAGGGCCUCCUACCGUCUCAACUACACGAAACAAAUACACAUCAGGGUGUUACACAGCCGCUGGCAGCCAACUGGGAAAUGGCCACGCCAGUGGAGCCAAGCGGUGCAGAACGAAGGCACACACUGCAGCAAGAAGGCUUCAUCCCAUCAUCUCAACCUUCUUGGAUUUCGGCAGGCAUGGGGUUACAAAACGUGCAGGCAGAAACGGUGGGUGCUACCUCACCCCAUCGCUCAUUGGUACUGUCUAAAAAUGACAGCUUUUCUGGCUCCGCUUUUCCGCACCAGCCGGGAUAUGCAGCAAACGGCUUGCAACCGUCCCCAUCACAUUUUCCUCUGCCUUUGUUGGGCUCGUCGAUGGCUUCCACGAGUGGUUUGCCACGGGGAUUCCAACUUACACAUUCACAAUCUCACUGGGGAACUGCUGACGCAGGAGUUCCGGGUAGAUUUUCUGGCGAACAUGGCGGUGUUGGUGCAGUGCCACUGCCAUACCCUGCCCCACGGCAAGAAGCAAUGACCCCCCGUCACCCUCAUCCUCAACAUUCAAGACCUGAAAUCGUUGGAACAACUGGGCCUAGGGGAGCCCACAUAUAUUUACACAACGUGCAGGCAGAAACGGUGGAUGUUUCCGCAUCCCGUCGCUCGUUGGUACUGUCUAAAAAUGACAGCUUUUCUGGCUCCGCUUUUCCGCACCAGCCGGGAUAUGCAGCAAGCGGCUUGCAACCUUCCCCAUCACACUUUCCUCUGCCUUUGUUGGGCUCGUCGAUGGCUUCCACAAAUGGUUUGCCACGGGGAUUCCAACUUACACAUUCACAAUCUCACUGGGGAACUGCUGACGCAGGAGUUCCGGGUAGAUUUUCUGGCGAACAUGACGGUGUUAGCGCAGUGCCACUGCCAUACUCUGCCCCACGGCAAGAAGCAAUGACCCCCCGUCACUCUCAUCCUCAGCAUUCAAGACCAAUCAUUGGAACAACUGGGCCUAGGGGAACCCCCAUCCAUUUAAGCCACCGCCACCACAGCAAUUCUGAUCGCCGCAUUGUACAUCCCGUGGGUGGUUUGCCAACUGUUGCCGAGCCUAUUGGACAAGCUCCAGGUGGACUUUCUGCCGGAAGUUAUGAAGCAGUACGUGGAAACACUCAACAGGAACGACUAGAGGAAAACGAGCUGGAAGAAGGUCUGUUAGCAGAUCUUCUGAGAGGCGGUCUCAAGAUCGAGGAUAUCUUCCCCAGUGUAAAAGUAGAAGAGCCUCCACAUAAGUAA